AUGACGUCGAAUUCGCUUUCUGUUUACUCUGAAAGUCUUCCAGCGUUUGCUGAGCAAGCCACGUGCGCCAACUCACUAUGGCCCAGAAGUUCAAGUCUCUUACCGCAGAUGUCGUCCUCGGCUGGACCGCCCAACGAGGGAAACUCCCAAAGAAUUGUGGAAGAUGAGAUUCAGGCCCUCGUUGAACGUAUCGACAAUAACAUCUGUGAGUGGCGUUCAGACAAUGGCACGAAUCAAACCAUCGAUGUUGAGGAAGUCAUCAAUGUCCCAAAUGUGCCUGCUAUCCAGGCUGCUGAAAAUACGGAGGUUGAUGGGCUGUUCUGUGGGACACAACCAACAACUGCCUGGUCAAAACAUAUGGAUUGUCUGGCUUUCCACCUACUGAGAGUGCGUGACAGUUUGACUGCCAUCUCAAAUUGCUUCCGUAGCAUCAUGCGGACAAUUGACAGGAACAACGUGGAAGAAAGCAAUAGCAGCGGGUAUACUUCCAACGAGUCAUUUCAGUUUGACGGUGUCAGUAGUGGCUCAUAUCAGCAAACGGGACAAAGCGAAGUCAAUCCACCAACUGGAAGCCGGAUUAUCAUCUUAAUAAAGGCCAUGCUUAUCGAUGAACGACAGCUUCCGUUGGCUUGGCCCCGGCAAACGUCUUCCGCCUCUUUCUUGCCCUCUUCGUCUUUUGCCUCUGCCUAA